UAUAAUUGUGCCUUAUGUGUUUAGUUGAAGUUAGUUCGACAUUUCAAUAGUUGAAAUCCAGAAAUAUAAUUUUUAUAAUCAGAUAUGGUAAUUUGACAAUUCCAUUCCAUCGGGUUUAUAAUUAUUUAUGAUUUAGCGGUUCGAUAAAGAGUCCACCGGAGAAAAGAAAGAGAUGAUAUUGAAGAGCGGUGCCAUGGUAGCAGCUUGCAGGGCUUUCGUCGUAAGGCCAAAUUGCUUCGCUUCCAACAUCAACACAGAACAGCUGCGUACCCAACUCGACCAACUUCACGCUGAAGCAGAAACUGCUCGAUCUAAAGUAAACAGUGCAAGACUAAGACUUUUGCGAUUGUCGGAGGCGGCAGAGAAGCUUAAACGACAGGCAGCUAUUAGUGUUCAUAAUGGGAAGGAAAAUGAUGCAAGGGAUUUACUAUUUCAGAAGAAGAAGGUCAUGCAAGCCAUGGAGAAAUCAAAGAAUCGUAUUGAAUUACUUGAUGAGCUGUCUGCUAAGCUUAACGAGGCAAUAUCUGUAAAAGAAUCUCAACUGAUUGGGAAUGUUGCUUUGGAUCUUGAAGUUGACAGAGAAGAUCCUACCAGACUAGUUCGAAUUAUAUCUCCAAAGCAAAAAGCUGAAAAAGACACAAAUGAAGAUAAAGACUUGGACCCUGAUGCCUUGAAACUUGGUGAUGCUGAUACUCCAGUUUUGCAGUUUUCAGCAGAUAGUCAGGCAAAUUCUCCCAUCAAUAGAGAGAUGGAGGAUUUUCAAGGAUCUGUAGACGUGGACAAUGAUGCUGAGGAUAAUGUAAGCAGUAGUUUGAGGGGAAUAUCCUCUUAUUAUGGCUUCUUAAAACAUCUGGAUGAACAGUUCAACAAUAUUGAAGCAGAACUUGUCACCAUUUUAAAUGUCUCAUCCCUGAUACUUAAUAGCAAGGAAAAGCCUGAAAAUUUUAAGGUACAGCAAACAAUGGAACUUCUUGAGAGUGUCUGUGGUAUUAGAGGGAGAAUUGCGAGUUUCAUGCAGUCAAUGGUGGAGAUCAUUUAAAGCUUAAUUUUAUCAUACAGGUGUUCUGCCAGUUGCCAAAUAAUUCCAUGGGCAUUUGACUACUUGGACUCAGACACAAUUGUUAGUGCCUGAUUUUAAAAAGAAACACUGACCAACAUGAUUGGUGCAAUAUUAUCUUGCGACUAAAUUGAAGAAAUUUCUUGGUGAUUGCAGCUGCCAGUUAUCUAUCUGAAGCAUUGGAGAAAUGCAUGAUGGUUUUUAUUUGAAGGUCCAAAUACAUAAUGUAAGUUAUUCUGUUUCUCAUUCACUGUUUAUAAGAAGUCCAAACUUGUAAUUCAUUACCUGUAUUGAUGAGUAACAAGGCUCCUUUGAUAACCGUAGGCUUGCCAGGACUCAUGAAAUGUUGAGGAACAAAAAUAUAUUUUAUAACUGCUUCU